UAGCAAUUAACAAAAUGUCAUUUUAGCCCACCAAACCUCUCAGCCUCAUUGAACACACAUGUAAUCAUUAAGUAAAUUAUGAGUCUCUCAACUUUUUUUUUUUCUAGUAUCAGUCUUUCAACCUCUCUAACAGGAAAACCGAUCAGCACGUGCUGAACUUUGAGAAAAAUCAAUGAUUUUUCAUCUCAUGCUUUCAGCUUUUGUGACAUCGAAAGAACAAAAUGAAAGUGGGAUAUGAUUAAGUUGGAACAUAUUGGUAUGAGUAGGAGAGAGAUUUGUAAAGAAAUCUUUCAGGAAAUUGUACAACUGCUUACGGUUAUGGAAAUUGUCUUCUCCGUUGUACUUUUAUUUGUUGGAAUUGCAGUUUUGGUGGUGAUUCAUAUUUGUAUUGUUGGUAGGGCUUUCGGGAGAGGAUAUGAGGAGGACGGCAGCAUGGAUCAAAUAAGCAACAAUGGAACCAAAAGAAUGUCACCUGCGGACCUGAAAAUGCUACCUAGCUUUGACUACAUGUUAGCUGACAAAGGGAGUAGCCCUGUGGUUUGUGUUGUUUGCUUGGAGAAUUUCGGGAAUGGUGAUAAGUGCAAAUUUUUGCCGAACUGCAAGCACAGCUUCCAUUCACAAUGCAUAGACUCCUGGUUGUUGAAGACACCCAUUUGUCCAAUCUGUCGAACUUCCGCUGAUCCUUCAAAAGUUGGGAUGAUCUUUGGAGAGGAAAGAGGUGUUUCAAGCCAUGAUGGAGCUGAACUGGUGUAGA